AUGGAACGCCGCGAAACCCCUUUGGCUGUGGAGGACGUGGUCUUGGCCCUGCGGGGCGCAUCUCUGAUCACGCAGGAGCUGAGUGCGCGAGCGAAGAAAGCUAUGAAGACGAUCGUGCGUCUGUUCGAACGAGGACAACAAUGUGAGGAGGAUAUGGACAGCUCUCGCGGCUUGCCCGGAAAGUGGCCGGCGUUGGCAUGUAACUGUCGAUCCCCUUCCGUGGGGGCUGCUGAGGUGGUGCUGUUGCUAGGUUACAUCGGCACAGUCUUCCUCUAUAGAUUGAUCUUCAUCCGCUUCUAUGCCGCGGCGAAUGAGGAAGUGCAGGCACGUGCCUUGCAAGAAGAAGAGGCAGAAGACGUCCUGUCAAAAAUGCUGUGA